AUGGAUGGAAGACCCGUCUACGAGAGGACUCUAUCAGAGUCCGAGCUGUUGAACCAGCUCCCGAUUGAAUUCACAUCUCUCAUUCGGUCAUCAUCGGGGACUCAGCAGCUCCACGCGCUUGCGCUCGGCGCAUUAAAUACACAAUUCACAGAGAGCAUUUUUCGAUUAUAUGAACCAAUUGCCGUCGACUUGGCAGCCCGAUGGCUCCGAUCCGAUAUUCAGGCCGACCAUAUUCAGAUUUUGGCCGCAUUCGCUCGCAUCCUCCCGACCGCUUCAUACCUUCGAUCCUUCGCUGGCCAAUAUGCUUUGUCACAAACCGGACCUCUUUCGGCGCUGACUGGGUCAAAGGAGUUAACAUUGCGACAGUUGGACCCCGGCAGCACCCGAAAUUUCCUCCUCGCCCUGUUUCGGCUUCUUUCAUUUGACUUGGAAACCUUCUCAAAAGCCGUGUCGCCGAUCCAGCUCCAAUCUCUGUUCCCGCACGAAGAUCCCGUCAUUCGAUACCUUGCCGUGCGAUGCUUUGCCAUGUAUAUGCAUGCGGCGGACGCCGCCAGCGAGAGUAUGCUGCGCGUCAACACCGGCACGGAUCCAAUCGGAGGAGAGUGGGAGGGAAUCACAAUUGAUUACCGCCUUUUGGGCCUAUGGGAAGAGCGUAGAUGGGAGGCCCUCAGCAAGACCAUUGAACUUCAGAGAUCAUCACGAUCGGAUAGUGAAAUUACUGAAAUGGUGGACCGGGUACGGGAAUCCCUUACACUUAGAUCUGCUGAUGUGUGCGGCAUCUUGAUUCCUCGGUUGAAAGACGGACUUCCGUCGUCGUCAUCUUCAGUUGUGAAGACUCCGACCACGACGGAGAAUCUGCGCCGUAUCGCAAAAUCGCUUCUGGGCUUCAAGCCUAUCUUGUUGAUAGGAUUGUCCAACUCAGGUAAGACGUCGCUUAUCAAUGAUAUCGCAUCUACGAUGGGCCAAGCAGAAUCUAUGGUCACACUGCACCUCAAUGAGCAGACAGAUGCGAAAAGUCUUCUUGGAAUGUAUGCCACGUCUUCGACGACAGGGUCAUUUUCCUGGCAGCCGGGUGUAUUGACAAAGGCUGCGAGAGAAGGACGUUGGGUUUUGAUUGAAGAUCUUGAUCGCGCUCCAUCCGAAGUUCUUGGUCUCAUUCUGCCAAUUAUCGAGAGGGGAGAGUUGACUAUCGCGAGUCGGAGAGAGAGAAUCAAGUGUGCCGAAGGCUUCAAGAUUAUUGCGACAAUGAAAUCCUCAUACAACAUUGCCGGUGAGGAGAUUGCUCCGAGUUCUUCGAUGCUUGGCAGUAGAUUAUGGCAGAGAGUCCAAGUCUCGUCUCUCCCUGUUGAGGAAAUGCGAGAUGUUAUUUUGCAAAAAUUUCCUCUCUUGGAAUCUCGAGUGCCGGUGAUAAUGGAUGUGUAUGCGAGAGUGUGCUCUGCAUUCCAUGGAAGCCUGGCAAUCAAAGGAUCCCAGGGUCGCACACCUGGCUUCCGUGACUUGAUCAAACUCUGCAGUCGAUUGCACCGCCGGUUGCAACGCAUGGGCGCGAAAACCGGAUAUGAACCUACGCCAGAAGCUAUCGACGAUGAAAUAUUCCUCGAUGUUGUUGACGUUUUUCUGAAAUAUCUCCCGGAGAGAUCGAUGCAAAGCUCUCUCGCCGCUGUCGUGGCAGAGGCAUUGCAAAUUUCACCCCAGCGAGCCCUUUUCUGUCUCAAUGAACGGACUCCGACUUACACAGACAAGAACAAUAGCCUGGUCCUUGGCCGUGAAGUAUGCCAGAAGAUAAAGGUUCCAAGUGGAUCAGCACUGAAGCUGGCAGCGGCUGCAUCUCGUUUUGCUUCUACAAGAUCUGCUUUGUCAAUCAUGGAGCAGGUGGCCGCCUCAAUCCAAAUGGCAGAGCCAGUCUUGCUUGUCGGAGAGACUGGUAUCGGAAAGACGACUGUUAUUCAACAGCUUGCUACUUUGAUGCGGCAAAAGCUCACCGUGGUGAAUCUGUCACAGCAGAGUGAGAGCACUGAUCUGCUGGGAGGUUUCAAACCUGUCAGCAUCCGCACAAUGGCAAUUCCAAUGUUGGAUGAGUUCAACCAGCUAUUUGAAUUGACAUUUUCCGCGAAGAAGAACCAAAAGUUCCUGUCUUCCGUUUCCAAGUGUGUGGUAUCUGAAAACUGGGUACGCCUAGUGACUUUGUGGCAUGAGGCUGUGCGGUUGUCGAACGGUGUCUUCAAACCAAAGGAGAUUGAGAAUAGCGAUGAACAACCUUCCAAGAAGAGGAAGCUGGACUCGCCAAAGUAUCAACACCUGCGGCAGCGAUGGGAGAGUUUUGAAUCACAACUCGCCGAUUUUGAAGCCCAAGUCUCUCAAGGCGAUGCCAAAUUUGCAUUCGCAUUCGUCCAAGGAAAGAUUGUGAGAGCACUUCGGAAUGGUGAAUGGGUUCUGUUAGAUGAAGUCAACCUGGCGUCGCCAGAUACCCUGGAGAACAUCGCAAGUCUCUUGCAUCACGGUAGCGAAGGAACCCCUUCAGUCCUUCUAUCCGAGGCUGGUGAUGUCGAAAGAGUCUUUGGUCACCCUGACUUCCGCAUUUUCGGUGCCAUGAACCCCGCAACAGAUGCUGGAAAAAGAGAUCUCCCGCCUGGCCUGCGGUCUCGAUUCACCGAAUUCUAUGUACACUCCCCAGAUACCGAUAUUGAUGACCUCCUCGCUUUGAUUCAAAAGUACCUUGGAGACUUGACGAUUCGCGACCCGCGGGCUGCGCCAGACCUUGCGCAGCUAUACAUGGCCACCAAGAAGCUCAGCAUUGACAACAAACUCACCGAUGGUGCCGGACAAAAACCGCACUUCAGUAUUCGAACCCUUGUUCGCACUCUGAUCUACGUCAUUGACCACGCUCAUGUCUAUGGCUUACGUCGGGCAAUUUUUGAAGGCUUUAGUAUGAGUUUCUUGACCGUGUUGAGUCUAGAGUCCGAACGGGCCUUGGUUCCCCUUCUUGAAACACAUAUCUUCAGCAACGCAAAGAACGCAAGAUCUCUUCUUGGCCAAACUCCUCAGCCACCUGCGGAUGGCAAUGACUAUGUUCAAUUCAAGCAUUACUGGAUGCGCCGCGGUCCUUUCGUCGCAGAAGAACAACCCCACUACAUCAUCACUCCGUUCAUUGAGAAAAACCUCAAGAACCUUGUGAGAGCUAGCUCGACUCGUCGCUUCCCUGUGUUGCUACAAGGUCCAACAUCCGCAGGAAAGACAAGUAUGAUUGAAUACUUGGCUAAAGUUUCCGGUAAUAAAUUUGUUCGUAUCAACAACCACGAACACACAGAUCUACAGGAAUACCUUGGAUCAUACGUUUCUACAGAUGAUGGAAGCCUACGUUAUCAGGAGGGUGUUUUGGUGGAGGCGCUGCGCAACGGUUAUUGGAUUGUUCUUGAUGAGUUGAACUUGGCUCCUUCAGAUGUUCUCGAAGCACUGAAUCGACUCCUGGAUGACAAUCGCGAGCUUUUCAUCCCUGAAACCCAGGAAGUCGUUCACCCGCACCCUAACUUUAUGCUAUUCGCUACGCAGAAUCCUGCAGGUCUUUAUGGUGGUCGCAAAGUUCUUUCUCGUGCUUUCCGAAACCGUUUCCUGGAAUUGCAUUUCGACGAUAUCCCGGAAAGUGAACUGGAGUACAUUUUGAAGGAAAGGUCUCAGAUCGCCCCCUCUUUCUGCACACGGAUUGUUUCAGUCUAUCGAAAACUCUCACUGCUCCGCCAAUCCAACCGCCUCUUCGAGAAGAAGAACAGUUUUGCCACUCUGCGUGAUCUGUUCCGAUGGGCCCUUCGUGAUGCGGAUGACAAAGAGCAAUUGGCCAUCAACGGUUUCAUGCUUCUUGCCGAACGUGUGCGAAAUCCCCAGGAGAAGGCUGCUGUAAAGAGUGUGAUCGAAGAAGUCAUGAAAGUCCGCUUGGAUGAAGAUGUUUUGUAUAGCACUGCGCAAUUAGAGAAGAAUGUGCCCCAGAUGAACCAAUUGCCUGGUGAAGUUGUUUGGACAAAGGCCAUGAGACGUCUCUUCGUUCUAGUCUCGAAAGCACUCAGGAAUAACGAGCCGGUUCUCCUCGUUGGAGAAACAGGUUGUGGUAAAACACAGCUCUGUCAAGCCGUUGCUGAAGCUUUCAAGAGAGAGCUGUUCAUUAUGAAUGCUCACGUCAACUUGGAAACAGGUGAUCUCAUUGGUGCCCAGAGACCCAUCAGAAACCGGGCGGCUAUUGAAAAGCAGAUUAUGGACGACCUUCGAAUCCUCAUUCACGGAGAUCAGCCCGCUUCUUCUUCACUCGAGCAGCUGAAGCAGGACUUUUCAGCCCUGAGUCCAGAGCAACGCCUAGAGAAAGACCAAGAUGUUCUGCGCAGAAUUGAAACAAACAUUACCCGGUGUAAUGCGCUGUUUGAAUGGUCUGACGGAAGCCUCAUUACGGCUAUGAAGACCGGUCAAUUCUUCUUACUUGAUGAAAUUUCUCUUGCGGAUGAUUCUGUUUUGGAACGACUCAACAGUGUUCUGGAGCCUCACCGAUCUAUUCUCUUGGCCGAGAAAGGUCCUAUCGAUUCUAUGGUUGUGGCGGAUGGUGGUUUCCAAUUCUUGUCAACUAUGAACCCUGGAGGUGAUUAUGGUAAGCGAGAGCUUUCUGCUGCUCUUCGUAACCGUAUGACCGAGAUUUGGGCCCCACAACUGUCUGAAGACGAGGACAUUCUGCCAAUUCUGCAAAUGAGACUGAAGGCCAAAGACGAAAAGGUAGCAAAGGCAAUGUUGAAGUUCGCGGUGUGGUUCAAGACAACUUUCCAAAACACAUCAACCACUUCCCUAUCGCUUCGUGAUCUUCUCGCCUGGGUCGACUUUGUUAAUACCUAUCAAUCUGAUGACCCCCUGUUUGCCAUCAUCCAAGGUGCUGCCAUGGUCUUCAUCGACACUCUCGGUGCCAACCCCGCUGCGAUGCUUGCUGUCUCUUUGAACAAUUUAGAGGGCAAUAGACAGAAUUGUCUUGAUAAGCUGAGCGAGUUAUUCGAGGUCAAUGCUUCAGCUAUCUACCGGGAGUCAUCAACCGUGACUUUGGAGCCUGGAUUCUUGAAAGUUGGGCCCUUCUCGCUUCCCACCGUGGGAGAGACAGAGCCUGAUCAUCAAUUCACAAUGGAUGCGCCAACCACAAUCGCGAACUGUGUUAGAAUCGCCCGUGGACUUCAAUCAUCAAAACCUAUUCUCAUGGAAGGCAGUCCCGGUGUCGGUAAAACGACACUAGUAAUGGCCCUCGCAAAAGCCCUUGGCAAGCCUCUCACUCGUAUCAAUCUUUCGGAGCAAACUGAUCUUACUGACCUAUUCGGUUCUGAUGUUCCUGUCGAAGGUGGAGAUGUUGGUCAAUUCACAUGGAGAGAUGCUCCGUUCCUACGAGCCAUGCAGCGCGGUGACUGGGUCUUACUGGACGAAAUGAACCUUGCCUCUCAAUCUGUACUAGAGGGUCUCAACUCUUGCCUGGAUCACAGACAACAAGUUUACAUUGCCGAACUUGACCAGACCUUCAAGCGGCACCCGAACUUCGUCCUAUUUGCCGCGCAAAAUCCGCACCACCAAGGCGGUGGAAGAAAGGGACUGCCUGCAUCCUUCGUCAACCGUUUCACUGUCGUUUAUGCCGAAAGCUUUACUGACUCGGAUCUGAAAACGAUUUGUGCUAGGCUUUUCCCUGGAAGUCCCUCGAUCCAAACUGAUAGGCUGGUCGAUUUCAUCUCUGCCUUGAACAAGGCGAUCGUCACAGACCGUCGACUCGGGAUGGUUGGCGGACCCUGGGAGGUUAAUUUGCGAGAUAUCCAGAGGUGGCUCCAGCUGGCCGAUCGGGGUAACCUGCAAAUUUCUACCAAGCACUUCUUGGACAUUGUUAUCAGUCAGCGUUUUCGGAGUGAAGAGGAUCGACAAUUGGUCUCUGAAAUCUAUGAUAGCAUCUUCACGGACUCUGACAGUGUUCAGAAGAGUUAUUUCCACAAUCUUACCACCGAACAUCUGCAGGUCGGUCUUGGAAUCUUGACUCGAGACCGUCUUGUACAGCGUUCUGUUGAGCCGCACAUGAAGAUUCUGCCUAAAGAUCUCCACAUCCUGGAAUCUCUCAUUCUAUGCAUUGACAACUCUUGGCCCAGCAUCUUAGUUGGUGCCGCCGGGUGUGGCAAAACAACUUUGAUCCGCAAGUUGGCCGCUAUCAAUGGAGCAACUUUGGAGGAGCUGGCUCUCAGCGCAGACACUGAUACAAUGGAUUUAAUUGGUGGCUUCGAGCAGAUCGAUCACCGAAGAGAGGUGUCGUCUUUCGUCAAUGAUGUGGAGGGAUUCUUGCGCCAUCAGAUCAUCCAUUCUUUUGCAACCGGUGAUGUGUCGAAUGCCGUUGGAUCUGCUCUCCAAAUUUGCCAGCAUUUCCAGACCACAGAGACUUCAUUAGAAACCGUCAUCUCAUCGCUUUCGGAUCUUUGCAAAUCUUACUCCGACCCAACGCUCAACGACUUCCUUGAGCGAGCCCAAAAACUACGUGACACGAUCCAAGGGUCUGACAAGAUGAAGGUUGGAUUUGAAUGGACCGAAGGUGUUCUCACUAGAGCUGUCCAGAAUGGAUACUGGGUGGUCCUCGACAAUGCCAACCUUUGCAACCCAUCUGUCCUUGACAGACUGAAUUCCCUGACCGAACCAAACGGUACCCUUAUUCUGAACGAGCAGCGUACCGAGGACGGAUCGGCCCGAAUUGUCACUCCCCAUCCCAAUUUCCGUAUCUUCUUGACCAUGGAUCCUCGCAAUGGAGAGUUGUCGCGCGCUAUGCGAAACCGAUGUGUUGAGAUCUGCUUCAUGUCUAAUGAAGUGAAGGAUAUUCCUAGCGUGGUGGGCCCCUCUUACACUUGCGAGUCUUCUCUUUACAGAUUGCGCCAUAUCUGGAAUCUGGAUGCUACAUUGCCAUUCGCUACUUUGAGCGACUCGGUUAAUGUUUGCCUUGAUCACCUAUCUCCUGCAGAUCUGUCCUAUCUUCAAAAAUUGCCUCCCACUCAUCUCCCCCAUGCCGAUGACGCCAAUAUGAAUCGCCUUGUCUCCAGUGCUUUGCAACGAUACGAAUCACUGCUCCACGACAAAGCUCAAUGGCAACCCCUCAGUGUCAUCGCGGGCGAAAUUGUCAUGGCGGGAGCUUCUUUGAGCAUUCAAGGCGCUCUUCAGCCUAUUCAUCCAUUGACCAACGAGCCUCUGGUCUCGAUCACUGGAACUUCAGACUACCGCUCAAGUCUCAAAGUUCUAGCCUACCUUGAGGAGUUCAAGCUUGAGAUUCAUCGUCUUCGUCAAAGCUUGGUCCAGGCCAAUGAGUCUGCAAAGGAGCUCAAGCCAAGCCAGAUGACCAGCCUCGAGCGAUCUUUGGCAUCAAACCGCAUACAGUCAUUAAUGAAGGAUACAACACAGCCCGUCAGCCAUUUCCUGAUGGAUUGUGGUCAGGCUUUGUAUGACUACAUCCAGGGUCUAGAUCAAGCCAGCCUUCAAUCUCCUGACAUUGUCACCGCCUUGAGUACCAUCAUUUGCUUGUGCUGGGACAUUUACCGUGCAACAGAUGUUGUGAAGGUUGAGGAGGGUGAAUUCCAAGUUUACCUUCAAGUUGGUCGGCAGAUUUUCGCAUCCCUCUUGAGCUCAUCAACGUUGCUCAAGCCAUUGGAAGCACCUCUUUCCCGGGCUCUCGCUCGCUUCCAAGCUGGCUGGGCGAUGACGACUGGUUUGAGCAUGCAAAGAAUGUGGGAUUCCUGGAGACAUGUCACACCAUCUUCCCAGAAGCAACUGAACUCUCUUAUUGAGUUGGAGCAAACUGUGGCCGAAUUCACUGCCCUUGCCUUGCAAACAAGAGUUGACAUCUCUCAACUCAGCACCGUUUGGGACUCUUUGAUCAAUGCUCAACGGUUCAUCCUUUUGGACGGCGCCGAUGGAGAUGCUCUUGUGCUCAGCCUUAAGCAAACAGUUACUGAGCUUGGCCAGGCUGUACGACGUUCUGAUUCCCCACAGCACCCCUACUUUGCGGAAGCGUUUGAGGCCCUCUGUCAGUAUCGCGAUAUCUCUGUUGCCGAUGAAGGAAACCGCGACUCGGCAGUCCAAACUAUGGUUUCUUUGCUUGCCGGUCGCCCUGCUCGUUCACUCAACUCGUCAAGCCUGAAGAGCGGGGUUCCAGAACUUCUCAAUAGACUUGCGUUGUUUACUGGCGCUGGGAAUUCAUCCCGUUCCUUCUUAGCCAUCGGUGGCGUUCUUCCACUAUCCCUGUUGGAUAGGCUGACCUCAGUGGGAGCUACAACUUUGGGUCAAAUGGACCUUCUCCAAGCUGAGAAACGAGCGCUAUCAAAAGCACUCACCGUGGGCAGUCGUCAAAUUGCCGAAGAACAGUUGCGCACUUUCCAGCGCGUCCUUGCCCAGUUGACAAUCGAAUUGGUCGGCUGCCACCAAAACCUCUUCGAGCCCCACUCAUUUGCUGGCUUGGUUUCUGCCCUGCAAGUCAUCCAGAAAGAUGGCACAUGUGAUUUGUCGUCUCUCUCAAUAAGAUUACACGACAACAUUGGAGACGGCCAUUUCUUCAAAAGCUUCGCCGAGGUCGCACUACCCUCUCUUCUGAAGUCAUUGGCUUCACCUCUCGAAGGCACAACUAACGUAGUUCCUAUUGAGGGUAUGGCUCAUCCUAUGGCCUUGGCUGCUGUCCAAUUGGCAGUCAUUCUCCUCCGCUUUUUUGUUCCUGAUAAGGUCUUCGAUCCGUCUCUUGGUCUUGUCGUUGAGCGCAGGAGACACCAACAACGCCUGGAUGAGUUCCAUGCCAAAUCAAAUGCCAUUCUGUCAUUUGAGGCCACAUUCUCUGGCCAGACUUCGACUCUGCGGUCUGCUCUUCUUGAAGAGCAAACUCGCAAACUGGGAUCAGCUCCACCUCCAUCAUCGGUCACUCGUCCGGAAAAGUCUGAACUUGGUCUGUUGCAUGGGGAGUUUUCGAACUUGAUCAAUUCCAUUCUGAACCGAAGCCCAGAGCAGCUUAUUCAGUCGGCCAAUCAAUCUUCGAAUACGCAGGAAAUGGUAAAGCUUAUGCGGGACAACAUCCACCAGCUCAGCAGCCGCCUGAGUGCUCACUACAGAUCAUAUGAUGAUAUCACAGAGCCCGUGGUUCGCUUCCUCCAACUACUCGACACUGGUCUUUUCUUGAGCUCUGUGUCGGAUGAGAAGCUCGAUGAUAUCCAAGACAUCAAGUAUCUGAGCACGCGCACUCCUUUCUUGGGUGGAUCCGUUCACCCAGCCUUCGAGAACACCUUUGGUUCUGAGGCCGAGUCGAGCCAAUCCCCAAGCCAAGGCAAUGUCAUUGAAAUAAGACUUCACGAACUCUCUGCGCUCUGGGCUGCCAAGGACGCUGAUGCAAACAUCCUUGAACUUCGAUCUGGUCGCGAUACCAUCCGUCAUGUGUUUGCUGAUUUCCAUCAUCUAUGGAAGACUAGGCUCCGCGAGGACCAAGAGAAGGAAGCCGAAAAAUCAGAACUCUACCGUUACAAGGGUUCGUGGGAGGACGAGGAAGAGGUCAAUGAAGCGGACCUGCAUCAGCUCUUCCCUACAUUCGAAGAGGAGAGCCUGCCAAAUGCAGAGGAUGUCGGUAAACUCGACCCUAGGCUCAUUGCUUCUCGACUAGCCUCGUUACAUGCAAAGCUUGUUAGCGAUCGCCAAACAGGAACAGCAAUGCGCGCCUUCGUCAAGGAGACUGGAAAGAUCCUGGGUUCUCUAUGGUCUAAGAGCAAGACAGACUUCUCUCCAAUUUUGGCCCAGAACCACCUGCCUGUGGUUCUCCUACUUCUUGAUGAUGUUGUUGCUGAAGAGUCUCAAGAUCGACAGAAAAACUACAAUUUCUACACUGAUUCCAACCUUGCCGAGGCCCGCAGACUUGUGAAUCUCACACUCUCAGUUCAAGCACGCUUUGUUCAAAUCCAAACUGCAUGGCCAGAACAUGCUGUUCUUCAGGAUGUCAUCACCUGCUGCUCUGAAAUUCUCCAAUUCAAGUACACUGAGCCUGUGGCCAAAUUCCUGACUAAAGUCGAAAAGCUUCACUCCUAUGUUCAUGAAUGGCAGCUCGUCGCCAGCAGGGAAUAUUCUGCCGCUUCUCUUUACGAUGAGAUCACGACAAUGACCGUUACCUGGCGCCGCCUUGAGUUGACUACCUGGGCGAAGCUCUUGGAUAUCGAAAAAGAGCAUUCUGAAGAGGAAGUCAGUGCUUGGUGGUUUGUCGCAUACGAAGCCCUCCUGGCCGUCCCUCUUCAGAUGGCUGAGUCUGGCGAGGAAGACAUGCGCCAGCACAUCCAAGGUGUUAUCUCAACAUUGGAACAGUUCUUCAUGUCCACCACCCUUGGUCAAUUCACUCGUCGCCUUCAGCUUGUCUCGGAUUUCCGAGCCACUCUUCUGAUCUUCGCCAAGGACUAUGAAUGCCUCAAACCGCUCGCUUCAGCGUUGGCCAACUUCCUUUCCCACUUCAAGCCAUUUGAACCUUUGGUGGAAAAGAUCCUGCAGGACAAGAGAGCUACGCUCGAGAAGGAUAUCAAGGAGCAAAUUCAGCUGGCUAGUUGGAAAGACACCAAUAUCGUCGCUCUCAAAGAAAGUGCGAGAAGGUCUCACGUAAAGUUGUUCAAGUUGGUUCGGAAGUACCGCGCGGCUCUUGCCCAGCUCGUCCAUCCAGUCAUUGAACAAGGCCUCUCUGAUAGCUCGGGAGAAGAAGGUGUCUCCCAGUACGAGAAAAAGGCCCUUGCAUACACCGUGUUCCCCGAAGCAUUGCUUUCCUCUCAGGAGACGAAAGCUUGGAGCUCCAGACCCCUCAGAUUCCAAAAUCCCGAGGGUACCUCCCGCAACAUGAAGAACCUGUAUGCGGCAAUUCCUUUGGAGUUUGACAUUGCCAAUGAUCUUGAUGAAUUCACUGUGUCCGUUAUUGAGGGCAUCAACGAAUUCAAGACUCAGACCCCAAAAACUCUUACCGAAGACAACAAGGAUGACGUGCAGCAUCUGAAGGUUCAAAAACGUCGUCUCUAUGCUGACACUUUGAAACGUGUCUUUGAAAUGGGUGUCAAGCGCAAUGCCGGAAGUAGCUUGAUUGAAACCCAGGUAUCACUUGCACAGGUUCUUGCUACGAGUGCUGCUUUCGAAGCCGGCACUGCGACAUCAAAGUCCAUCUACAGCGCUGACACCUAUUUCCAUCGCUUGUUAGAUUUGAUGCCACGCGCUCGUCUGGCUUCGCGUACUUAUUCUGACGAGUUGACCAACGUGGAAGUUUCCAGGAGCAUGGGUUCUGUUGAGCAUUUGUUGUUCAUGAUUCGCCGCCAGAGAAGCCUUAUUUCCCCUGCCUUAUCUGGCUUGGCAUCUCUUGAGGCUAUCAUUGGAAAGAUGGAGAGCCUUUGGACAGUCGAAUCGACCUCUUUCACCAAGGUCUAUGUCAUGGUUGAAGAAAGACAAGCUUUCCUAUCACGAAAGGUGGCCUGGCUGAUCCCGAUUCUCAAGGUUGGUUCUGAGGUCAUUGCAGUGCACUCCAAGUUCUCUGGUCUGGAUGCAUCUUCCAUCAUUCAAGGACUUCUUUCUCAAAUGGCUGCUCUUGAGGAGAUACUCAAGUCACUCAAUGUGCUUCCUACACUCCCUGCUGGUAUUGUCUCCCGAAAGCAGAGAGAGUUGACCGACAAAGCACACGCGCUACUCGAGCAGCUCUCAUCAGAUGUCCUGGAGUGGGAAUGUGAGCGUCCGGAUCUAUCAUUCGCUCUCACUCAGAUUCGGAAAUGGUCUUUGCCAGGUAUGGCUGACCAUGCCCACAUGAGUACAGAUAUUGCGCCCGGUAUCUCCAUCCAGAAGUUCGAUAGCAGCCUUCUGGCGGCCAUUGAUAAGAUGCUUGUCGGCCUGCAGAAAUUGAAAGACGUGCCAACUUCCAUCGAUUUUAGCGGCGCUUUGUCACGGAGUGAUGAGUUCUUCUCUCGUGCAUCAAAGACUGUUCACAUCAACGAAAUUACUUCGUCUCUUCAGGCUGUCUUGGAGCAGAUGCAGCACUUGGAUAAUGACAACGAUCUCAAACGAGCUGCUGCCUUGGUUGCCAGCGUUUUGCCCAUUGCCAAUAGAUAUUACGACAUCUGCAGGGAGCUGGUCAAUCGCUUCAUCGCGGUUCACCGCGAGGUCUGCAAGACUUCUUACACAUUGACCAAGGCAUUCGUCCAAAUUGCCUCUGAAGGUUUCUGCAGCCCAGCUGAAUCAUCCCAAGAGCAAGGCCAGGACGGUAAAAUGGAGAGCGGAACUGGCCUUGGUGACGGCGAAGGUGCGGAGGAUAUCAGCAAAGAUAUUGGAGAUGACGAAGACCUCUCGGAGCUUGCUCAGCAGGCGCCCAAGGAAGAUGCCAAUGAAGAGAUGGACGAUUCUGCCGAUGCUGUGAACAUGGACCAGGAAGAGCUCAAUGCUGAAUCUGGCGAACACAAGGAAGAGGAGGAGGAGGAGGAGGAGGAGGACAAGGAUGGGGAUGAAGAUGAAGAGGAGGGCGAUCUCGAUGAGGAAACAGGCAGUGUUGACGAACUUGAUGCUGGCGCCGUUGAUGAAAAGAUGUGGGAUGGUGCCAACGAUGAUCAGCAGAAGGAAGCAGAGAAUGAAGAAGGCAAGGGCCAGGCUGAAUCCGAUGAGCAAGCCGCCGCUCAAGAGCAAAAGAAGGAGGCCGAGGAGGGCCAGAAAGGAGAAGAGGAUGGCGAGGAAGAGGAGGACGACGAAGAAGAGGAAGAUCCCGAUGAUGAAGGCGAAGCCGUCGGCCGUGAAGAUAUGGAAGUAACCGAUCCCCAAACAAAGGAGGAAGAAGCUCUCGAGUUGCCCGAAGAAAUGCAGCUUGAUGGCGAUGAUAUGGACGGUGGUGAUGACGAAGGUGAAGAUGAUGGUAUGGACGAUAUGGAUGACAUGGGCCCCCUUCCAGAGGAUGAAAAGGGCGAUAACCAAGAUGACGAGGCUGGAGAGGAGGAUGCAGACAUGGCAGCAGAUGACCAGGCCCCUGGCGAAGAUGAGGAAAUGGACGAAGGAGAAGAUACCAACGAAGGCCAAGCUGAUGGCAACGAGGAGGAGGAGGAUCAAGCUGGUGGCGAAGAUCCAGAGGAGCCUGAGCAAGAUGAAUUCCUUGCCCAGCGUGACGAGAAUGAGGCCACGGCCGAUGAAGUUGCGCCCAGUGAAGCUGUCACUGGUGGACAGGGUGCCGACCAAGAUCAGAACGAAGACAAGGGCGAUUCCGGAAACGCUCAACAGGAGAGUGGCUCCAACGAUCCCACUGCUAGUGCCGAAGAACAAAACGGUGCUGCUAAGGAUAGCGAGGAAAGUAAAGCCAGUCGCGAUGCUGGGGGAGGUGAAGACAAUUCUCCCAACGACCCCCAGAUCCAGGCCUUCAAGAAACUCGGAGACAUUCUCGAAGAGUGGCACCGUCGUCAAAAGGAAGUGCUGAAUCCAUCACAAGAAGAAGAGGACUCACAGCCUCUGCCUCAGGAUACCGAUAUGGCGGAUGCCGACUUUGAGCAUCUCAAGGACGAUGAAGAUGAGGCCGACACACAAGCUCUUGGACAAGCAAACGACGACCAGGCCCAGGCUCUUGACCAGAACAAGGGCGUAGAGUCGGACAUCAAGCCUGGUGAAAAUGAUGUUCUUCCGGACACUGCCGAGGACCAAGAUGCCAUCGACAAUCAACUUCAGGACGAGAUGCAAAUUGAUCGUGAUCCCGUCCCAACAGAUGGCCAAGCUGGAGCUUUCAUCCCUGGUGAUCAAACUUCCCGAGACCGUGCGGAUGGUGCCCCAGGCGUCGAAGAAGUGAACGAGGAAUUGGACCAAGUCGACUCGCAACUCGCGGCUAUUCAUCUCUCUUCUUCGCUUCCGCCAUUGACCCCCGAAAGUGAAGCCCGCCGUCUCUGGUCUCACUACGAAUCAGCUACAAACGACCUUUCUCUAUCACUCACUGAGCAGCUGCGUCUCAUUCUCGCUCCUACCAUGGCUACCAAGCUACGUGGUGACUUCCGCACUGGUAAGCGGUUGAACAUCAAGCGAAUCAUUCCCUACAUUGCCUCUCAGUACAAGCGCGACAAGAUCUGGAUGCGUCGCUCGAUUCCUUCUAAGCGUAACUACCAGAUCAUGCUUGCCGUCGAUGACAGCAAGUCUAUGCUGGGCAGCGGCAGUGGCCAGCUCGCUUUUGAGACACUAGCCCUGGUUGCUAAGAGUCUGAGCAUGCUUGAAGCAGGUGACCUCUGUGUCCUUGGAUUCGGUGACGAGGACCACGUCCGCGUGGCCCACGAAUUCGGCAAGCCUUUCUCCUCCGAGGCUGGUAUGCAGGUCUUCCAGCACUUCAGCUACCAGCAAACUGGUACAAAUGUGCGCAAGCUGAUUGCCGACUCCAUCGCUCUCUUCCGUGAGGCGCGCUGGAAGCGUUCCCCUGGUUCUGGAUCUGCAGAUCUCUGGCAGCUUGAGUUGAUUAUCUCUGAUGGAAUCUGUGAGGAUCACGAUACCAUUCGUCGUCUUGUGCGCCAGGCUCUUGAGGAGCGCAUUAUGAUUGUCUUCAUCAUUGUUGAUGCUGUCAAGGGCAGCUCUAUUCUUGAUCUUUCCCAGGCUAGCUUCGAGGCUGAUGCUGAGUCUGGUGGUGAGAUGAAGCUGAAGAUGAAGCGUUAUCUCGAAGACUUCCCCUUCCCCUACUACCUUGUCGUCAGAGAUGUUCGCGAAUUGCCUUCUGUUUUGGCUACUGCGCUUAAGCAGUGGUUCGCUGAGGUUGUUGAUGUUUCUUCUUGA